AUGAGUGAGGAUGAAGAAGAAGAAGAAGAAACUGUCAAAUCCAUUUCAAGCAGCAUCUGCAUCAACAUUCCUCUGCUUGCUACUGCAUUCACAACAGGUCACAAGAUAAAGCUAACGGCGGUUGCCAUUGUGGCUUCAUUGGCUUUGACAGUGUAUGGAUAUGUGGGAGCUCUGUUGGGAAAGACUCCCAUUUUGAGAUCAUGUGUGAGGGUUGUGUCUGGAGGACUGGUAGCUAUGGCCUAUGGGUAUCACUUUUUGACCAAGUUACUGGGUUCUUGUGGACUGCAGAUUUAUGAAUGA